UGUCGCUCUCUGUGUGUGUGUGUGACCUGUCUGUCUCUCUCUCUGUCUGCCUCUCUCUCUGUCUGCAGACUUUCUACCAUGGUGAGCCUGUCAGAGUAAAUGUAGAAAUCACCAACUCGUCCAGCAGGAACAUCAAAGACAUCAGUGUGUCAGUGGAACAAGUGACCAAUAUCGUUCUCUACUCCAAUGACAAAUACGUCAAGUCAGUCGCCAAAGAAGAGACCAAAGACUCGGUCCCCUCUGGAACCAGUCUGAAGAAAGACUACACUCUCUAUCCUCUGCUGGCUCACAACAAGGACCGCAGAGGACUCGCUCUGGACGGACGACUCAAACAUGAAGACACCAACCUGGCUUCAUCCAGCAUAGUGAAGCAGGAGGUGCUGAAGGAGGUUCAGGGGAUGCUGGUCUUCUAUAAGGUCGUGGUGAGGAUGAUUGCUUCUGGGUGAGUCUGAACCGCUCAGCAUGCUGGGAGGUCAGCUGAUAGACUGAUGUUGAAGAUCCUUUGUUACUGACCGAUUACCACUCUGUGAGGAGACAGUGAACCAGAACCAGUAAACCAGAACCAGUGA